ACAAGAUGACUAGUCAAAAUUUAACUGAAGAACAAAUAGAUGAAUUAAGAGAAACUUUUAGAUUAUUCGAUAAAGAUCAUAAUGGAUAUAUAACAAUACAAGAGUUAUGUUCAAUAAUGAAGAUGUUUAGUCGACCAUGUACAUUGAAUGAAGCUAAAGAGAUGAUGUUACAUGUUGAUAAAAAUAAUGAUGGUAUUAUUGAUUUUAGAGAAUUUCUUGAAUUAAUGUCUCCACUUAUAAUAUCAAAUAAUAUAGAUGAUACAUAUUUAUGGGGAUCAUUUAAUUUCUUUGAUAAAGAUAAAGAUGGUAAUAUUACAUCAAAAGAAUUAAAAAUUGUUUUACAAAGUUUACAUUUAAAGUUAACUGAUAGUGAAAUUGAUGAAAUGAUUCAUGAAGCAGAUAUUGAUAAAAAUGGAACUAUAUCCUUUGAAGAAUUUAAGUUGAUUAUGAAUAAACAUAAAAAGUAG